CGCAGGAAACUGUUUAUAUCGAUUCUUAAUAGCGCCUCAAAAAAAAACAGCUAAAAACAUUAGGCGAAGUCUUUAGCUGGCCCUGUGCCGCCAAUCAAUUCCAUGUAACAUCCAAAAGGGAGAAAUACAAAAUCAAAGCCGUCGCUAUAGCAACGCCCCUGCCAGAUUCCACCAAUCAAUGGAGAUGCGCCUGGGAAAGGCCAGCGUCCUACAUAAAGCGUGCGGGAUGGGGAGCCGGGCGGCACACACUGGGCAAAGAUCCUUCCCGAACACGACAAGAAGAAGAGGAGGAAGAAGGUUGAGGAGGACAAAGAAGAUAUGGAGCGCUCUUCUGGACCAGAGAUCCCCACGUGGGUCUGCGUCGCAUCCCUGCUUGUCAUAGUGAACUUCUGCUCUCCUGCCGUUACAGCAGCUGCCCUGAAGCCAGAGCCCGGAUCAGAACUCGGAGCCACCGUUCUGAAUCACUCCAUGAGUUUAGUGCAGCGCAUCGAGAGCCUGUUGGCCAUGGGGAACGGUAGUGAUGUAACCCUCCGCGUGCACACCACCACCACGGACGAGGUGAAGGUGAUCCAAGCCCACGGCCUGGUUCUGACCCUGCAGAGCGACGUGUUCGAAGAGAUGCUGUUCACCCGUCAGAACAGCACCCUGGUUCUGAGAGAGACGCCCGAGUGCGCAGCCCUCUUCGACAAGUUUGUCAGGUAUCUCUACUGCGGCGACAUCUCCGUGCGACUGGAUCAGGCCAUUACUUUGCAUAAGCUGGCAAGCAAGUAUCACGUGUGGGCUUUGCAGCAGGGUCUGACCCAGUACAUGACCCAGCAUCUGUCAAGUGAUUCCCCCUCGGGCCAUGUAGUCGGCUGGUAUAACUACGCGCUACAAAUUGGGGACGUAUCCCUCCGGGACAGCUGCUUGCAGUAUCUGUCCUGGAACCUGUCGUCUGUGCUGCAGAGCGAAGAAUGGCCCUCCAUCAGUGAGGACCUGCUCCUUUCUUUGCUCCAGCGCUCUGACCUGAUUUUGCAGAGUGAGCUGGAGCUCUACGAAGCCCUGGAGACAUGGAUUAACCAGAACCAGCCUGUCAGCGCCACAGUCCAGCGCACCCUCCGGGCCAUUCGAUACGGCAUGAUUCCGCCGCAGUACCUGUUCCGUCUGCAAAAGCAGUCCCCCAUGAUGGUGAAGCACUACGAGUCCAUCCGUGAUCUCCUCUAUCUGGCCUUCCAGUUCCACUCCGCUUCGCCCAUCCAACUGGCCAAGUAUUUCGACGUCAACUGUAGCAUUUUCACGCCCCGGAACUACCUGUCGUCCUCCUGGGGAUCCCCCUGGGUCAUCAACAGCCCGACCCGGGAUGACCGCAGCUUCAGCUUCCAGACCCAGCUCGGACCGAGCGGCCACGACUCCAGCAAGAGAGUCACUUGGAACGCCCUGUUUUCACCUCGCUGGUUACCCAUCAGCUCCAGGUCGACCUACACUGAGAUGGGCGGCAUGCAGCCCACCCGCACAGACGCCGGCCGCCCACGCAUCAUCGUCACCCCGGCCACCUCCAGCCCAGACUUUGCUGGGGUCAGCUUCCAGAAGACGGUGAUUGUGAUGGCGAAGCAGCAGGGGAAAGUGGUGGUUCGCCAUGUCUUUAACUUCCACCAAAGCACAGAGGAGGCGGGAGACUUCCUGGUCGAUGCUGACUUGCAGCGGCGUGCAUCAGAGUACCUGAUCGACAGCUCGCUCUACCUGCACAUUCUUAUAAAACCAGUCUACCAUUCCCUCCUUGUAGCCAGAAAAUAAAGGCAGGAAUUCAAAAGUAGCCUCCCCAACAGUGCUCCACCUCUCGCCCACACACUCACAAGCGCACAAUCCAAAGCACACUCAUAUCACUGCAUAUUUCAUUUACUCCGUCAUGAGACCAGCCCAGUGAUGAUGAGUUUGUCUUCUUUGUCUUCCAGCUAUUUGCCAAGGAGGAGUGAGAUCAAUGAAGGUCUGACAGCUUUUAUAUAUUUAUGAUGACAACAAAGAUGUCGCUUUAAUCCGCAGACAAGGAAAAGAUCAAAUAAAAUCACAGUACUGUACUUUAUGUUUUGCAUAUCCUGACAUAUUGUCCCUCCAGUUUGCUGAAUACGUAAUGUUGUUCUGUAGUUAUUAGAGUAGAAUUGCUUAAGAAUCACAUGCAAUUUCACUAUUUAGUGAUUUGAUUCAUUUAUACACUGCACCUUUCUGUCUUUUGUGUUUAGAUAUUUCUUCCUGAUAAAUAUUUGUUACAAAAUCCCUAGGAGAUGUCACCCCGAUUAACCACAAUGUGAUUUAAUAAAUGUG